AUGGAGGCGACAUACAUUGUCGAUUGCGGGCAUCACACCCUCAAGUACGCCGGGCUCUCGAAGUGGAACCGUAAGACCGUCGAAGUACUCGUCAAAGAGCGCCGAAGUGAGUGCAACGCGUAUGUGACCGAUGACGAGCGGCUUCGACAAUGCGUACCUCAGCUGCUCUCCGGAGAAUUGCGCGCUGACGAGGAGCUGACGCUCAUACUACUGCUGGACACCUUCCACUCGCAAAAAUCAAAGGCAGCGCUGCUGUACUCGUGCUUCGAGCAGUUUGGGUGCAAGAAGGUGUGCCUUCACUACACCGCAUCUGCAGGACUCUACGCAGCGGGUGAAACCUCUGGGCUAGUGGUGGACCUAGGCUAUGCCGGAGUUCAGCUCACUUCGGUGCAGCAGGGUACUGUGCAAACGUCCAUGUCGACGCGACUCUCUUCUGUCGGGACUCGAAGCGUCGACGGCGAGCUGCACAGGCUGCUGCGCGGCGACAUGACGGAGGCGACACUUCACCUUGUCAAGACGCACUGUUGCUCACUAAUGGAGCGGGAUGAGCUGGUACCGGAGCUGACGCUACCGGACGGCUCCGUGUUCCCAUACGACGAUCGGACGAGGAGUGAGCUCCACAGGGCCACCAGCGCGCUCCUUUACUCCACGACUUCUUCCGUUCCGGACACUUUGCGCACAAUUUACCAGAAGCACUCGAUUUGCUUCCCCGACUCCACCUCGUGGGUGCAGCUGGGCGGUGGAUCACUGAUCAGCGGGGUGAAUGAGGUGCUCACAACAGCAAUGACCCACCCCCUUUUCCGGCCCGCGCAUCAGCAGCUUCACUUGAAGGACGUCACGCAUGCCCCAGUCAGCGGCGGCAUCAUCUUAUCGCAGCUGAACGUCUUCAAGAGCAUGUGCAUUGGCGUCAGCGACUACGAGGAAUACGGUCCUGACGGAUGUCUCCGCAUGCAGGUCGUGGACGCCCGGUGA